CAUAACUUAUAUGUACUUUAUAUACUAAUUAAUUAAUAUUUUCCUAAUAUAUUUAAGUGUAAAUGUUACUUCAGAGGGUUUUCGGAUACACUUUAGCGUUGAGACUAGCUACUAUAAGUUUCAAAGGUGUAGUAGCUUGCGGAGGAAGUCAAUGUAAUUAUAAUACGACAAACAAAAUGAACUAUUUAACGCAAUCCGAAGCAGCGGCUCUUGACCAGGAGUUGUUUAAUGAGUAUAAAUUCAGUGUAGAUCAGCUUAUGGAAUUAGCUGGUUUAAGUGUAGCAACAGCUGUGGCGCGUGUAUUCCCAUCUACUACGCACAAAUCGGCAUUAAUUAUUUGUGGACCGGGCAACAAUGGUGGUGAUGGACUCGUAGCAGCUCGACACAUGACUCUCUUUGGUUAUAACGUAGAUGUUUAUUAUCCAAAACGCACACCAAAUCCCUUGUAUAAAAAUUUGCUUCUGCAAUGUGACAAGUUCGGAGUGAAUGUUCUAGAGACAUUGCCCCCUUCGGAGGAGUUGAAAAAUCAUUACCAAGUCCUUGUGGAUGCAUUAUUUGGGUUUAGUUUUAAACCGCCUGUAAGGGAAGCAUUGAAACCAGCAUUAGAUGCCUUAAUUAACGCCGAAUUACCUGUUUGUAGUGUGGACAUUCCUAGUGGUUGGGAUGUAGAAAAAGGUCCAGACUCAGAAAAUUCUCUUAAACCAAAUCUACUUAUUUCACUUUCAGCACCUAAGCUGUGUGCUAAACCUGAAAUACUUAAAAAUGCUAAGCAUUAUCUAGGAGGAAGAUUUUUACCUCCAGGUAUCAUAGAAAAAUACAAGCUUAAACUACCAGAAUAUCCAGAACAAAGUCAAGUUGUUGAGUUAUAAUUUGUCUGUUAAAAAUUGUAAAUAAAUAAUGUUAUUACAAA